AGACCUCUUACACGUUGAACCAAAAGACGGCCGUAACCUGGAGCAGCGAUCAUGCACCUACUGCGACCUUAACAACGAAGAAGAUCUAAGAGGGAAAAGAACAAGAAUUCCCCGACUUCUGAUCCGAAAAUCACCGAGCUCCGGACAUUGCUGUUACAUCCAAAGGACCAACCAAUCGAGCCGCCAUCGUACGGAUUUUUAUCUCUGUUUUCCUGAUUUCUCAAACUCUCUCUCCAUGGAUCCAUCAUCGGGGCCUCUUCGGCCAUCUAUUACAGCUGACGCUGAGCUCGAGCUCGAGCGCGAUGGUCAGUCCCAAAAGGAGCAUGCGCACGACAAUGCUGAGCAGCACCUUCACCAGCACCAACAAGGACUUCCAUCUGCUGCCAACGAGCCGGCUGUCGGAUCAACUCUCGAGCCAGCUACCCCAGCUGCCGUCGACAGUGCUGUUGUCGCCAGGGAUGAUGCUGAAGAUAAGCUUCUCACACCCCCUGACGCCGCGGCCUUGGACACAGCUCCCGUUGCCACGCAUCUAGCUCGGUUCGAGUUCAGCGACCGCGGCACCAAGAUCUUAAUGGUCGAGUGGUAUCCUGGAGCCGCUGCGACCACGGCCUCCGCCUUGGCCGGCCAAGAUACGAACUCUACCGCUGGCGAAGUCUCCCGCGAUGAGGCCAGCGCUGCUGGUGAUGCUGUCGAUAAUGCAUCGGCUGCGCCAGCCCGCGUACCUUCCAGUCCUGUCGUUGAUGCCGCUGUCUGGGAGGUCUCGUGGCCGGGCAAGUCUACCUUCCUUCCCGCCAGAGAUACCGAUGAGAACGACGCCCGACGCCGUGUCUACUUCAUGCUGCCUCCUGAGGCACAGGUGCCGCCAACGGUAACUAUUGCGCGCCCUGGGCGGGCCAGUCUGAUUCUCAAACCGCUGCCGGCCAUAUUCCCGGAGCAUUUCCAGGCGGAAUCUGGCCCUCGAGGCGUGUUGCAUACGAUAUGGGCCAAGAAGCGCCUAAGGGAGCUCGAGCUGGAGAUGGAAGCCGAGAUGAGGGCAAACGCGGAGAGUGUAGGCCUUGAGAUGGCUCUGGCAGAGAAGCAGUGGAUCGUUGACAACUUCUUGCGUGCUCCUGCAGCACCUGCUCCUACCAGUCCUCGCUCCCCCGUCUCUGGACGCCUUGGCGACAAGCUCAAGGGCUUGCGUCUGGCUACUUCACCGGCAGAUCUGGUGCCAAGCCCAGCAGCAAAUACGUUUACAACCCCUGAUAGCCAGUCUCACAUGCUAUCCCCUCUGGGAGGUGACAUUGCCGUAUCCUCCUUCUCGGCCAUUUCCCGCAGCCGCCCAUCCGGCCCGAUAUCUCUUGAUGCUGCUCUUAGCGGCGACAUGGCCCCUCUACAGUCUAGCUCUAACGAUGCUGAAGAUGGCCUGUUUGCAAUGCCAAUGAGCCCCCGGAGCCCAGACAUGAUCAAGAGCCCGUUUAGCGCUCUCGGCCCGGGCCUUUAAGAUACGGCGCUUCCAUGAGAAAUCUGGAAAGACGAAGAAGCAAGGCAAGGAAGAAAAAAAAAAGUAAGAAAAAAGACGACCAAUUUCAGCAUUGCAUAGCCUGUUGUCACAAUUUUGUAACAUUGAUACUGAUACCCUCGGGACGCUAUCCUUUCAUCAAAGCCCGCCACAUAGAGAGAAAGAAGCUCGGUGAUAUAGACUUUUUCCCCUUCAUGUUAAACUCAAAACAGUCGUACUCUUCGUGUAGAUGGUAACCAAAUAAUUGAGAGUUUCCAUUAUGAAGCUCAUACAUUUUGUUCGCA